AUGGUCCUGGGCUUCAUGCUCCUGUUGCUGGUGGGGACAGCAGGGUCAGCCUGCAGGGCCCAGCCGGUGCUGACCCAGCCAGCUGCCGUGCAGGUGCUGCCUGGGGAGACUGCCCAGCUGUCCUGUGUCCUCAGCCCCCAGUACAACAUCAGCGACUUUGGCAUCACCUGGUACCAGCAGCGCCCAGGGCAGGCCCUAAGGUACCUGCUCUACUACAACUCGGAGCGAGACAAGCACAAGCCCGCCAGGAUUCCUGAUCGCUUCUCUGCUACCAAAGACCUUGCCCUCAAUGCCUGCAUCCUCAUCAUUGCUGCUGCCCAGGAGGAAGACAACGGUCGCUAUUUCUGCUCAUUGCCCCUCACCACCAACUGGCUGUAG